CAAGAGGCCAUUCAACGCAUGAAGGAUAUUCUUUGCCGCCUUCCACCUAGUAACUACAAUACACUCCGCCACCUAACAGCACAUCUGUAUCGUGUUUCAGAGAGAUUUGAGGAGAACAAAAUGAAUCCUAAUAACCUGGGAAUUAUCUUCGGCCCAACGUUGAUUCGUCCAUCUCCUGGACAGGACAAGCCGAUGACCUGUCUGCUGGAUUCUGGGUACCAGGCACAAGCUGUCGAAUUCCUCAUCAUCAACUACGAGAAAAUAUUUGGGAUGGAUGAGCUUCCCAUAUCUGGCCACCAGGGGACAGCAGAGGAGCCUUCCGAGGCAGAAAUGGAUUCUGUUGAACUACUAGAGUCAGAA